AUGCGUGUCUGAAAAACGCUAAGUGUUUGCCUAUUGGUUAAAAAGAUUUUACUACCGCUUCAGCAUCCCAACCCGGGAACAUCUUCUACAAACUCACAAACUCAUCAUGUCCGGUCGUGGAAAAGGAGGCAAAGCAAAGGGAAAGUCAAAGACUCGUUCCAGCAGAGCCGGCCUUCAAUUCCCCGUAGGUCGUAUCCACCGCAUGCUCCGUAAAGGUUCGUACGCUGAGCGUGUUGGUGCUGGUGCCCCUGUCUACCUGGCUGCCGUCAUGGAGUACUUGGCCGCUGAGGUACUCGAGUUGGCCGGUAAUGCCGCUCGUGACAACAAGAAGUCCCGUAUCAUCCCCCGUCACUUUCAGCUGGCUAUCCGCAACGACGAAGAGUUGAAUAAACUUCUCUCUGGUGUCACCAUCGCUCAGGGAGGUGUCCUGCCCAAUAUCCAGGCAAUUCUCCUGCCGAAGAAGACUGACAAGCCAGCCAAAGCUUGAUUUAUGUUCACUUGACGUUCCAUACCAAAUCGGCCCUUUUCAGUGCCACCAUUUUCGUUAUGAAAUGUUUAUCGCAAACUUUAGUCCAUAAUUCUGAUAUUCAUCACAUUGUGGUAUCUGAGUUUCUAGUUACAAUUAAAGAAUUUUCAUUUGAGCAGUGAA